AUGCUUCCUCAGAAAAGGUUGCUUACUAACGCAGAUAUGGAAAUAUGGGACAGGUCCCAAACCCAAGCUGAUCUUCUCAACUUCUUGAAACAAUUAGCAAAAUCUGUGGAAGGAAAGGAAAAUACAGAUUACACAUUACCUAUAAGCCAGCCUGUGGAGUCCAUGAUGAAGUUACUACAUAAAGUGCAGUCAAUUCUUUUUAAACAUCCAGUGGUCAAAGAUGCACAUAGUUCUAGGUUUGGUAAGGUAGAAUUUAGGGACUUUUACGAUGAUUUAACUUCUCAAUCAAAAACCUUAUUGAAGGAAUGCUUUCCUUCAUUAACGGAUUCUCAAAUAGAGCAAUUAUACGUUUACGUCGACGAGUCAUGGGGCAAUAAGCAAAGAAUCGAUUAUGGUUCUGGUCAUGAAUUAAAUUUUAUGUGUUUUAUUUAUGGAUUAACUAGUUUUAAAAUAUUUGAUUUGGAAAGAGAUGCAACAAAUCUAGUGCUGAAGGUGUUUAUUCAGUAUUUAAAAUUAAUGAGAGUUCUGGAAUUGCAAUAUUGGUUGGAACCUGCAGGGUCUCAUGGUGUCUGGGGGCUGGAUGACUACCACUUCUUACCAUUUUUAUUCGGUGCCUAUCAAUUAUCUACACAUAAACAUUUGAAACCAUCAUCCAUUCAUAACGAUGAUCUAAUUGAAAUGUUUGCUGAUAAAUAUUUAUACUUCGGUUGCAUUGAAUUUAUUAAUUCAGUAAAGACGACCACAACGUUAAGGUGGCACUCACCAAUGUUAGAUGAUAUCAGUGGUGUCAAAAAAUGGUCGAAAGUUGCAGAAGGUAUGUUUAAAAUGUAUGAGGCUGAAGUAAUAAAGAAAUUGCCUAUCAUGCAACAUUUUUAUUUCAAUGAUAUGUUUUUAAUUUGUCCUGAGAAUGUUUCACCUCCAAGAGAGCAUAUUCAUGAUGGGGGCGAAGAAGAUGAAUGCUUAGCUGAAGGUCAUGCACAUUCAACGUAUGGUGAUUGUUGUGGUAUCAAAGUACCGAGUGCAAUUGCAGCUUCUCAAAUUAAUGCAAUGAAUAAGAAUAAACCUUUACCAUUUGAUUGA